CCCCGCCGCCAUCCUUCCUCGCGCGGCCCGGUGCGCGGGGCUCCCGGCCGCCGCAGCUGAUGGUGUUCCGCAACGUGGGUCGGCCGCCGGAGGAGGAGGACGCGGAGGCAGCCCCGGAGCCCGGACCCUCGGAACUGCUGUGUCCCCGGCACCGAUGUGCCCUGGACCCCAAGGCCCUGCCCCCGGGGUUGGCGCUCGAGCGGACCUGGGGCCCGGCGGCUGGACUGGAGGCGCAGCUGGCCGCUCUGGGGCUCGGGCAGCCGGUGGGGCCGGCGGUCAAGACGGUUGGUGGCUGCUGCCCAUGCCCGUGCCCCCCGCAGCCGCCCCCUCCGCAGCCCCAGCCGCCGGCUGCCACCCCGCAGGCCGGGGAGGACCCCACGGAGACGAGCGACGCGCUGCUGGUCCUGGAGGGCUUGGAGUCGGAGGCCGAGAGCCUGGAGACCAACAGCUGCUCGGAAGAGGAGCUCAGCAGCCCGGGCCGUGGAGGAGGCGGCGGGGGCCGGCUUCUGCUGCAGCCCCCGGGCCACGAAUUGCCCCCGGUGCCCUUUCCGCUGCAGGACUUGGUGCCCCCGGGGCGCUUGAGUCGAGGGGAGCAGCCGCCGCCGCCGCCGCCCCCGCCCCUUGCCGGGCCCCUCCGGCCACUCACAGGCCCUUCUCGGAAGGGCUCCCUCAAAAUCCGCCUCAGUCGCCUCUUUCGCACGAAGAGCUGCCACGGUGGCUCCGGUGGCGGGUCCGGGGCCGGCAAGAGGCCUGCGGGGGAGCUGGCUGCUUCGGCCGCGAGCCUGACGGACGUGGGAGGCCCUGCCGGCCGGGAGCUGGACGCCGGGAGGAAACCCAGGUUGACAAGAACUCAAAGUGCCUUUUCUCCGGUCUCCUUCAGCCCCCUAUUCACAGGUGAAACAGUAUCGCUUGUGGAUGUGGACAUCUCUCAGCGGGGCCUGGCCUCUCCACACCCUCCAACUCCCCCUCCUCCUCCGAGAAGAAGCCUCAGCCUCCUAGAUGAUAUCAGUGGGACGCUGCCUACAUCUGUCCUUGUGGCUCCGAUGGGGUCUUCCCUGCAGUCUUUCCCCCUACCUCCGCCUCCUCCACCCCAUGCCCCAGAUGCAUUUCCGCGGAUUGCUCCUAUCCGAGCAGCUGAAUCCCUGCACAGCCAGCCCCCCCAACACCUCCAGUGUCCCCUCUACCGGCCCGACUCGAGCAGCUUUGCAGCCAGCCUUCGAGAGUUGGAGAAGUGUGGUUGGUAUUGGGGACCAAUGAAUUGGGAAGAUGCAGAGAUGAAGCUGAAAGGGAAACCAGAUGGUUCUUUCCUGGUACGAGACAGCUCUGAUCCUCGUUAUAUCCUGAGCCUCAGUUUUCGGUCACAGGGUAUCACCCACCACACUAGAAUGGAGCACUACAGAGGAACCUUCAGCCUAUGGUGUCAUCCCAAGUUUGAGGAUCGCUGUCAGUCAGUGGUGGAGUUCAUUAAGAGAGCCAUCAUGCACUCUAAGAAUGGGAAGUUUCUCUAUUUCUUGAGAUCCAGGGUUCCAGGACUGCCACCAACUCCAGUGCAGCUGCUCUAUCCAGUGUCCCGAUUCAGCAAUGUCAAAUCCCUACAGCACCUUUGCAGAUUCCGAAUCCGACAGCUCGUCCGGAUAGAUCACAUCCCGGAUCUCCCACUGCCUAAACCUCUGAUCUCUUAUAUCCGAAAGUUCUACUACUAUGAUCCUCAGGAAGAGGUAUACCUGUCUCUAAAGGAAGCGCAGCUUAUUUCCAAACAGAAGCAAGAGGUGGAACCGUCCACGUAGCGAGGGGCCCUGCUGGUCACUACUGAGGGCAUUUGGUUGCCAAGCUCCGGUUUUGAAGAACCAAAUGAAGGUACCAUGAAAAGAGGAGUGAGGAAAAAACAAGAGGAACUAGGAAGGGUUGGGAUCCUCUGUGCAAAGACUUUGGUCCCCCUCGCCACCCUGGGGCUUGGAAGAAGCACACAACCACACUGUCUGAGUGGGGCUCCACCCUUUCCCAUCCGCCCAUCUGGUGUCUUGGAACUGGAUGAGCUCCUGGAAAACUGGAAGAAGUCUCAACACUGUUCCCUUUUCACAA